AUGACCACCAAGUCCUCAUUGGACGGGAGCGCCGACCACCUGAAAUGCGGGGAGGCUCAGGAGAUUCCCCCUCUUAGGAACUAUCUCUGUCUCACCAUGUUCACCUGUUUCUGUCCUGUAUGGCCCAUCAAUAUUGUGGCGCUGGUUUUCUCUGUGCUGGCUCAAAAGAGCUAUGAGGAAGAGGACUAUGAUGGCUCCAAGCGGCUGGGUCGGAAAGCUCUCCACCUGGGGAUUGUUUCCUUUGCCAUUGGCCUUGUGAUCAUCACUGCGUACACUGUUGUGCACUUUACCACGGUAUAA